AUGGCAGCCAAGAAGGCCGAGAAGGUCCUUCGGGAUCUUGAGGAUCUACAGUCAAAACACGAGAUCUCCAUCAUAAAACUCAGCGAGCCUAUAUCCUCAGCCCUGCCACAAGCAGGCCAGGACGCUAACAGCACCCGCACGUCCGACGUGUCCAGCUCGUCCGUGGACGCGACACCGGCCAGCCUGGAGGCCGACCUGGCGCACUACAAGGAACUGUUUGCGAAGCUGCGGUUCUCGUAUGUGGAGCAGGUGACCAAGGAGAAGUUCAUCCGCGCCAUCGUCGGGGAGCCGCCCCUCAUCGUCACGCCGCAGGAGAAUGUGGAGCUGGAGAAGCAGAAUGCCGCAGCAAAGGGGCAGCUCAAGGCCCUGAAGAUGGAGGUCGCCGACACGGUCGAGGAGCUGGAGAGGAAGGGACGAGAGCUGAGCAGGAAGUACGAGGGUGUGCAGACGGAGACAGCCACGCUGCGGGAGUUGCCUGACAGGAUCGCCGGGCUGGAGGAAAGGAUCGCGGAGUUGCGUGAGCAGCUGCAGCCUGGGGAGAACCCGAGCCUGAACCUGCCCCUGGCCAAGACGCUGGAGCUGGUCGCCGAGAAGAAGCUACAGAAGCACGAGCUGGAGAGGCAGCUGGAGCAAUUGCGUGCGCAGGUACCGCGCAAGCGGAAGGAGAUGGAGAGACUACAGGCCGAGCUGCAGCCCCUAGAAGUGAAGAGGCAGAACAGCCUAGCGGCGGCGAAGGAGGCGCGCAGGAGGAAGGAGAAGGCACUAGGUGGUGUUGAGGAUGAUCUGGAGGAGAGAGGCAGGUGGUGGAGGGCUUCUGAGGCAGCGCUGAAGCAGAUGCUGGAGAUUGAAAGCUGA